AUGACAUGUGUAUAUGGGUUCCUUGAACACCAUAGGAAGCCAGACACUUGGACUCUCCUUAAAACUCUAGCUAGUCAGCACAACCUUCCUUGGCUUCUAAUGGGUGACUUUAAUAACCUACUUGCAGAUGAUGAGAAGAUAGGGGGCCACCCUUAUGAGCUACGUAAUCAUGAGGGAUUUCGAGAAGUGCUGGAGGUGUGUCGGGUCUCCGAUCUCGGUAUGGUAGGGUAUCCAUUUACAUGGCGGUCUGGUAGGGGACGUAACAAAAUUGAGGAAAGAUUGGACCAAAUGGUGGCUUCAGAUACAUGGCCUCGCUUUUUCCCAAAUGCUACGGUUCACAAUUUAAUUAGUGGCACAUCGGACCAUUCUCCAUUAUUGCUUUUAUUGGGCACUGACCUAAGGACUAAAAGACAUAUUAGCUUUAUGUUUGAAAAUGCAUGGAUUGGGGAGCCUAACCUUGAUGAGACUGUUACUCAUAAUUGGGCCCGUGGAGCCCACGGUGAUGUAAUGGGUAAACUGCAAGCAUGCAGAUCUGGGUUGCGAAUUUGGGGACGUGACUUACAUAGUAUCUGGGACUCGAGAGGUGACUGGAAGGAAGAACUGAGGGAUAUGCAUAUUGUGUUCCUAGAAUACUUCACUACACUAUUUAUGGCCACACCUAUCCAGUCUAGUCCUGUUCUUGAGCAUGUUAAUUCUCGGGUCUCUGAAACUGAUAAUGAUAAUCUUAUGGCCCCUUUCCUUGAUGACGAGUUUCGAUCGGUGAAAUUUUGGUCAGUUGUGGGUUCAGAUGUUACUACUAGCUGUAAACGGUGGAUUGCACACGGCUCUUUUCCUAAUCUGGUGAACGAGACAACCUUAGUGCUAAUUCCAAAAAUUGAUAAACCUGAAUUUGUGGAAGAUCUGUGGCCAAUUUCCCUAUGUAAUGUUUUAUAUAAGAUUGUGGCAAAGUUUUUCCGGCCGCGGCGAUGGCGGCCGCCCUUAAAGGCGGCGGUAGCAGAACCGAGGGAUAUGCGUAAUGUGUUUCUAGAAUACUUCACUACACUAUUUACGGCCACACCUGUCCAGUCUAGUCCUGUUCUUGAGCAUGUUGAUUCUUGGGUCACUGAAUCUGAUAAUGACAAUCUUAUGGCCCCUUUUCUUGAUGAGGAGUUUCGAUCGGCGAUAUUUCAAAUGCACCCGGACAAGAGUCCUGGCCCUGAUGGGUUCAACCCAUGUUUCUUUCAGAAAUUUUGGUCAGUUGUGGGUUCAGAUGUUACUACUAGCUGUAAACGGUGGAUUACACACGGCUCUUUUCCUAAUCUGGUGAAUGAGACCAACAUUGUGCUAAUUCCAAAAAUUGAUAAACCUGAAUUUGUGAAAGAUCUGCGGCCAAUUUCCCUAUGUAAUGUCUUAUAUAAGAUUGUGGCAAAGGUCUUAGCUAAUAGGAUGAAGCAUGUCCUGAGGAAAAUUGUCUCCCCAUCUAUGUCUGCUUUUGUACCUGGGAGGCUAAUUACGGACAAUGUAAUUCUUGCCUUUGAAACAAUACAUUCUAUGAAAACCGUGGGAGGAGUCAAGAACAAACAACGGCUCUGA